UAUGUCUUCUUUGGGAGUAAAGAAGGGUGCAUGGACUGAAGAAGAAGAUAUUCUUUUGAGGAAAUGUAUUGACAAGUAUGGAGAAGGAAAGUGGCAUCUUGUUCCUUCUAGAGCUGGUUUAAAUAGAUGUCGAAAGAGUUGUAGAUUGAGGUGGUUGAAUUAUCUAAGGCCACACAUCAAGAAAGGUGACUUCGCUCCAGAUGAAAUAGAUCUCAUUUUGAGACUUCAUACGCUUCUAGGCAACAGAUGGUCACUUAUUGCUGGGAGACUGCCGGGAAGAACAGCAAAUGAUGUGAAAAACUACUGGAACACACACAUACACAGGAAGUUAAUAACUCCUCCUCAAAUACAAGAGAGUAAGUACAAUAAUACCCUCAAGAUCACCAAAAGCACCAUACUAAGACCACGACCUCGACCUCGGACCUUCUCAACUACGAAGAAUAUUUCUUGGUGCACCAACAAUAGUAUGAUCACAAACACAUUAGACAAAGACGACGAACGCAACAAAGAAAUAGUAGUAAAUAUUUGUGACGAGCCAAUUGCAGGAAAAACAACGUCAUCGUCUAUAGACGACGACGGAGUUGAAUGGUGGACAAGUUUACUGGAAAAAUGCAAUGAAAUUGAGGAAAAAGCAGAAGCAGUACGGAGCUUUGAGGAAGAAAAUAAAUUGUUACCAAAUUUGUUGCAUGAGGAAAAUAAUUCAACACCUAUGCAACAAGGACAGCACCUAUGGAAUCUAUUUGAUUCGUUUCAUCAAAACAAAGACAUGUAAAUUAAUGGUAUUGUAUUAUUGCUUGUACUAGCUAGGGAUAUAUUAUAUUCUAUUGCUAUCCCAAGUACAAGUAGGGUCUAUCACUGUUUUUAUAUUAGAGUACUUUAAGUUAUUAAAUGUU